AUGGCACGGAAAGCAAAGAAGGAAGCUCCUGCCCCUCCUAAAGCAGAAGCCAAAGUGAAGGCUUUGAAGGCCAAGAAGGUAGUGCUGAAAGGCGUCCACAGCCACAAAAAAAAGAAGAUCCGCACAUCACCCACUUUCCACACCCCCAGGAGAGCAAGGCCCAAACAUCCUCGGGAGAGCACCCCCAGGAGAACAAAGCACCCCAUGGAGAACAAGCUUGACCACUAUGCUAUUAUCAGGUUGCCACUCACCGCUGAGUCAGCCAUGAAGAAGAUAGAAGACAACAACACACUUGUGUUCAUUGUGGAUGUUAAAGCCAACAAGCACCAGAUCAAACAGGAUGUGAAGAAGCUCUAUGACAUGGAUGUGGCCAAGAUCAACUCCCUGAUUUGGCCUGAUGGAGAGAAGAAGGCAUAUGUUCGACUGGAUCCUGAUUACAAUGCUUUGUCUGUUGCCAACAAAAUUGAGAUCAUCUAA